GCGCCUCCGUAUUUUAAAAAUUGGCAAAUCAACAAACGAACCGAACAAGCGAAAAUCUAGACGAAGAUAACGUUUGAUUGAAUUAUCCGAUUAAUUCUUGAUUGGUUUCAAAGUUUUUGCCAGAAACAAGUACUGGAACGUAGCUCUCCAAUACCAGUACAUAUAACAGGAAGCUUAAGGAUUUUCUAUGGUAUGAGAUAUUGUGUCUGACAAUGUUAAAAGUUGGUCGAAAAAUUUUGCAAUAUCACCAAUCAAAGCUACCAGUUCUGCUGGAAAUGCUCCAGUUCUUUACAACUGUUGUUGGAGUCCAAGAUGUGAGGUCUGACAUUCUCAAUUCAUGGCUUAGUACAAAAUUACAGAUUGUUUUGAAGAAGCUGGAUGUGACAACAAAACCAGUGAACAAGGAAUUGUUGAAUAAACUGUUUCAUUGCGAAGAAUGUUUUCUUCAAAACCUAACAGAGCAAGAAGUGACUGAAAUCAAACGGAACAUUGCUGCACUUAAGAAUAUGUUAAUGUACCAGUCUAAUAAGAUUGUUGAGAUUUCUACUGAGAAGAGAGCAAAAAUGGCGUGCAUUGAAGAAUUUAAUCGAAUGAUGGAGAAAAUACAACAGACUUUAGGAAAUAACAUCUUGAUAAGGCUGGGUGAUUUGUUUGAAGAACAUCUUUGCGCCAGGGGUGACAAGUGCUUGGAGGCCUAUCGUGAAAUUUUGCGACAAACACAGUUUUUCGGCAAUAACAAUCAAAUUGACUGGAAAGCUGAUACUGAAAAAGUCGAAGAUGAAUUCAAUUUGUUUAUACCCUUUUCACCAAAAAAUGUAGAUGAUUGUGAUGCAGAAAAGAGCUUUGAAAAAUUUUCAUGUAAUUCCGAAGAGGGUUUUCCACAGACGGUGCCCAAAGAUGUCUUGCAGCAAACUCCUGUGAAGGAUCCGUUGCUUUCUAGAGUGCAAUCUGCGACUCUGAUUCGAAAUGAUGAAUUUGAAUUAGUUUUGGAUAGAACCAGCGGUAGCAUUCGAGAAAAUGAUAUUUUAACAUAUUUGUCUGAAGACAGUUCAGAGCUCUCAGAUUGUGAAAGGGAGACUUGUGAGUACAGAGAAUUAGAAUCAUUAAGCAAAACCACAGUUACCAAUAGAGAACAAUCUGGUUCGAGGCUGUUUAGUAAUGGUUAUUCCUCCUGUAACUUACAUAACAAUGAUUCACAGUCUAAAUGCUUUGAGGUGAUUUUAGACAAAAAUAACAAUGUUGAUUUGAAUUUGACUGCAAAAGCGCAUAUCAGUGAAAUGCGUAAUGAAUCUCAUCACCAGUUUUCUCCUACUGCAAGUAAAGGAGGUAGAUCGGAACCUUGUGGAGAACAGAGAAGUAUAUGUGUCACAGACGGGUGUUCAGCCUCAUGCGUCGAUAAGUACGGAAAGGUUGCUUUGUCAAUGUUCAGUGCAAUCGACAAAGUAAAACAGGAAAGAGAUAAGGAGAAGAAAAUUGUGAUAACAAUACCUUCAGAUGAGAGCACAAUUUCUGCAGAUGAGAUAUGUUUGGAUAGCAGCUGUUCUGAAGAUUUUUAUGAACCGUUCGGAUGGGGAAAUGGGAGAGAGACUGCUCGCCAACGAAAUUAUAAAUGCAGCAAGGAUACGAUGCUCCUCAGUGAGAUGUCUGCAAAGUUGGAAGCCCUUGAUAGUAUUUUAAAUGACGUCAUAGAUAAAGAAACAGUGACAAAGCAUAGCGAUAACAUUGCUAACGGAAAUGGUAUCUGCAGGGACGUUGAGGCAUAUCUAAUUUCAAAAUUCAACUGCAUCAAUGAAAGGGCAAGUCCUAAGACAUCAAAUGAUGAUGUACUCUUACCGCGUAAAAAAAGAAGAUUGGGAUUGGAUUAUGUGACCGACCGUAAUGUUGACUCGCGCAUGUAUCGAUAGAUCGCUGUUUCAAGAUGAUUUCCGCUUGUUACGUGGAUUAACAUGACGAUAGAUCACUGUUUGUUGGGGACAAGAUAAGUUUCGCUUGUUACGAGGUUACGUCGUAUACCGUAGCGUUGUAUCGACAGAUCACUGUUUAUGGGUGACAAAAUGGUUUUCUCCUGUUACCGUAUAUGCGCAACAGGACGUUAUUUUGAUGCGUACGUUGAGUACGUAUGGAUAGAGGAUCAGAUUGGGUAUUGCUUCAAUAAUAGGUUUAUAAAAUGAAUUUGUUCCAACAUGAUUCUUGUUUUUUGAUUGUUGAAAAACCAUUUGGGUAGAGCUCUAAUCUUGCAAGUUGCAAUGGGAAAUUGGAUUUUAUGAUUGCGCUGUUGUUAGAUGGUUCAAACUUUCAAGUUUGAAGUGGGCGUCAAACACAAUGAACUUUAUUAUCAUUUUCGCGAUCGUUGCCAGUCUAAAUUAAAGGCUAGUUAAAGAAUAGAAAUAGAUUCGAGGUUUAUGAAUCAGCAGAGCGUAUAAUAGAUAAAUCAUAAACGAGAUGUUAGUUUAUACUGCAGAUUUUGAUUUCACUGUGGCAAGGGUGUUAUGUACCUUACUUUUUCCGAAUAACCCUGCUAGAAAAUGACAAAAAGCGAUUCAGGUUGUAAAUCUUUUUCCGAAACUGAAGUUUAAGGUUAGCAAGUUAACCGCCAAAGGAAAUUUAUUGUAAAAAAGUUACGACUGUACUUCUAUUUUAAGCAAUUUGUUCUAUUGCCGUUAUAAUGUUUCAAUAUUUCUCACAAUUUGCACGGAAAAAUCAAUAAGGGCAAUAGAUAUUUGCAGUAGUGAUCUCUAACAAAGUUUUUCGACAGCAAUCGGAAAAUUAGCGGAUUUCUAUGUAAAUUAAAGUAUAUUGUAUUACUCGUCACUCUUCUGUGACAAUAUCAAUAUCAUAUGCCCUGACACUGGUCUUCAGUGUAAAAUGUGAGAAGGAUAGAGAUUUGUUUUUAGUUUCAUACAGGCGAAGUAAAACAAGUCAUGUUCACACGAAGGCUUUCUAGGCUCCUUGUACCCGCAUAGCUACAAAUCCAAUUUUCAUGCCCAUAGUAAGUGUUUUACGACCUUUUCGGGCUGUGUUUGUGAAUGUUGUACGACAAUCCUAGCUCAAGCCCAUCGUUUAAUACCAAUGACCUUUUCCGUGGCAAAUCCUUUUCCAGCUUCAGCUGCACCAUGAUUGUCCCGUUCAGAAUGUGUAAAUAUCCAGUGCAAUGUAUCAGACAAAAUGGAUACUAUCUACGAGCCUAACAUUCUUUACAUUAAGCCCUCCAGGUAGAGGCGCCUAGAUAUUCCCUUAAGGCUUAAGCCUUAUUUUCAAGGUAGCCAGGUUUCGCGCUGUUGUUCAAAGCUGUUCUGUUAUCUACGUUGUAAAUAUGAUCUUCUUGCACAGCCAGUUUCGAGCUGAAUAAAUCGUAUUUUAGUACCACGUUCUUUUGUAACCCCUGCCGUUUCAAUAACUGUUCUUGUAUUUACAGCUUUACAGCUUGUAUUUACGAUCUUAAAUAUCAAAUAUCAAGGAGGUUUGUCUAACCAACAUUGCAGCGUGUAUGUACGACUCAUUUUGCACCAAAGCAAUUUCAUUCGAAGACACGUUAUGCUGCGAAUCCAAACUUAACAAGCCCAUUCUAAGUGAGAGCUCAUUUAGAUAUGUCAAAACUGUAUAUAUCUGUGAAGUACUGAAGUUUGCCUUUUUCAAAGCCUGAUAAUUCUUUGCUCAAAUUUUCAUUAUCAUUAGAAGCGAGUCCCCAGUUCGUUUUAUGAACUCUAUCGAAAUAGGCAACCUUCUUGCGAUAGCCUCUAAAGAGUGUCAGACGAAAAACUCUAGUAUGUCUUAAAUGUUUUUUCAAAGCUAUUAUUAAGAAAUAUAUUCAAAGUUAUUGACCUUGAUCAAAAUUGAAGGGCAUAUGAUCAAAAUCCGAUCGCCUAAAUACUCUACCUGGUUCAAAUGCUGGAUUUUCUAAGCAGAUACAUUUUUUCAACAAUCUUUGAACCGUAAAAGGAAGGAAACGCAAUUAAUGAAUCAAUAUUUAUAUUCCAAUGAUAUUCAAGUGUGUCAAUCUGCCAAUCCGUUUAUAAAAACAUACCGGAAACCUGUUUUAGCAAGUCAUAUAGCAAGCAAAAUAAAAGGGUCUUUGCAAAAUCCACUAAUAUUCUUAAAAACUUUCAAGCUAGACUCUCGUGCAUUGUUUCACGCUAAACAAUUUAAGGAUUUUCUUCAGCUGCUUUAAAAAGUUUGAGACUAUGUCUCACUACGAGAUUAUGGUAAAGAUGAAGAUUUGAAGCCCUUUAGGCUUGAAAUUGUAGAAAAAUGUUCAUCAUAAGUGCCUUCAUUAACACCGUUUUUCUUUUGUCAUUUUAAUUGCAAAUUUCUGUACAGAAUACAAAUGAAUACAGGCUGCAGUACACCAUCUAAAAACGAGGUUUUAUUGUCAUUUUCAUAUUAAAAGAAUACCGUUAUGCGAUUCUUGCUAGUGUUUAC